GCUUUCCGCGGAUGCCACAGUGAACGCAGUCAGGCCGCUCGUGCGCCCGUGCGCUGCCGGGCGGGCGCGCGCGCGCACGCGGAGGGCGCCUCCAGGCUGACCAAGCACCCACCCACCCGCUUGCGCUUGCCGCGGGCGGACAGAGGCGCGCGGGCUGCCGAGGGUGUGUGCGUGGUGCGGAGAUGGGUCGGAGGCUGCUCUGCGUCUGUCUGCUCGUCUGCGCCACCGUCUCAGAGGUGUCCGGCCUAAAGAUUCGAAACAAGCUUCUGGGUAAAUGUCUGCAGGCCCAUGGAGGAACUGCGGCGGGGAGAGUCUCUCUGGGGGAAUGCAGCCCAUCUUCACCCUCACAGCAAUGGCGUUGGCUCCCUGGGGGCCGGGCUCUUAGCAAUCAGCACACGGGUGAGUGUCUGAGUGCGCCAGGGGGGCAGGACGGAGGUGUUUACCUGCAGCCGUGCAUCUACAAGGCUGGUGAUGGAGCGGCGGCGGCGGCGUCUGACAGGGAGAGCAGCAGCCAGACGUGGUCGUGCUCCAGGAAGGGCCACCUCACCCUGAUGGGGCAGCGGCUGCACCUCAGUGCCACACAGCAGUCCACGCUGCCCAUCCUUUCUCAGGAACACACGCAGGGCAGCAGAUGGCAGUCACUUGACACCAAGACGUUAUGCCAUGGGAGAGACAGCAAACACAGCCAACCUCACCCCUCUCUGGGAAACCCAGUGGAACCUGAGGUUUCUCCAAGUGCCAUUUCUGAUGAACACAAACAGGCUGAACAAUUUGAGCAUAUAAUGAGCAUGGAGAUCACGGAAACAUAUCCUGUAAUGAAUCAGACUCUUUCAUCCAUGAACAUCAAAUCUUCUGCUGAUCCCACCAUGAUUUUCUUCAGUAUGGACUAUGGAAUGGGCUGGAAGAUAACCAUGCUGGUCCUCAGCUCUUUGGGUCUGGUCCUGGGAACGGCCAUUCUAAUCCUUAACGUUUACUCCAAUAGAAGGAAGAAGGUGGUGUGUGUCCUGAAGUCGUACAAGCCCCGGCCAGAGACGAGCGUCGCCGGCUCCCCGGCGCCCAGCGAGAGGGCCCCGCUGACGGAGCACGCCAUGCGCCCCCCCCGCUCCUCCCCCACCGCGCAGCGAGGGGAGAUCCUGAUCGAGUGGAAGGACGGCAGCGUCACUCCUCUGUAUGAGGCCUGAAGUGCGUGGGGCUGAAACGUCUGACAAAUACAAGCAAAGGGAGGCCUGGCGUGAAAACAAGAACCGAGCAAACUGGUUAAUGGGUUAAUGACUUACUCACGCCUGUUUCAUAACAGAUUUAGCUGCCAGCAGAGGAUAAGAGAAGUUAAGUGUGGGUUGUAGGGUGUCAGUUGGAGAUUUGAAGGACUGCAUGCAGUGUGUUGUCAGCACUUAAUCUGUAGCUUAGUGGGACUGGAUAAAUUAGGUUACUAAUCUGUGUGUGUCAAAGGCUGAACUUUAUGAAGUUAUGACCACGACGUAACAGUUUGAUAACAGACACUUGACUCCCACCCACAAUAUUAGGACUGUUCGGCUAAUAAUCUAAUCCCAAGAAACACUCAUAAAGGGUGUGCUUAUAAUUUAUCUUUAUUUAGACUGAAACAUAAAACAUUUCAGUAUAAACUAGUUCGUAGCAGAAAUGACACUGUGCCGAUUACGUAAACUGUGCACUUAGAAUUUACUGCUUUGUUGUUGGUGCAACAGCUGCUCACAAAAUAACUCACUUUCUCUGUUUUGUCCCUGUUUGUGGCAACGUAGUGAACUACCAAUUAGUGUUAAAUGAGUUUGUAACUGUGAGUGUGGUAAUAAAUUGAGAAACAUCGACGGCACAUGCUGUUUGUGCAGACAA